AUGGGCAUCACAUCAGGUGCCACGCCGACUGAACAGGCAUCAAAUAGUGGGUUUGCCACGCGUUCCCUUUCUUUUCUCCGUCGAAUGAGGAAAAAUGUGAGAAAUGAACGCAUUUUACAGAUGGAAUUCCCUUCCAGCAAAAAUACUGGUUGUAGGAUAAAGACCGUUACUGGGUAA